AUGGAGAAGAUGAAGCGUGAGGUGGAAGGUCAGCACCCACGACAGCCACAACCGCCUCAGAGGAUCGGUGGACCAUCUGGGUCCAAGCCCAGACAUGAGGAGCGGAAGGAGACCGGCCAAGUUCAGUGCUACAUCUGUGGAGGCCCUCAUCUGAGGAGUGCUUGUCCACGCAUGAAGGGUUACCGCAGGUGCAACAACUGUGGCAAGGAAGGCCACUUUGGGAAGGAUUGUCCCAACCUUGCCAGGGCGGCAACACGCCCUCUAGUUCAGACCCCUCACCAGCACCAACGGAGAGACAGAGGCAACAGGCCUCAGGCGACGGGCAAAGUCUAUGCCAUGACCGGAGUUGAGGCUGCAGGUUCAGGUAACCUUGUUAUGGGUUAUUGUGUGAUUUCUGGGAUGAGAUGCUAUGUGUUGUAUGAUUAUGGAGCGACACACUCCUUUGUGUCAAAUGCAUGUGUGGAGCGGUUAGGUCUGCCUGUGCGCGAGCUGCAGUGUGAGCUUGCGGUGUUUACUCCGGCGUUGGGUUUGGUCAGGACGUCAUCCUUUUGUGCUAGGUGUCCAGUGGAGGUAGAGGGACGCAGAUACAAGGUGAACUUAAUCUGUCUGCCUCUACGAGAGUUGGAGGUGAUCUUAGGAAUGGAUUGGCUCUCUGCCAAUCGCGUUCUUAUAGAUUGCCGAGAGAAGAAACUGCUUUUUCCCUGUCCAGAGGAGCCUGAGUUGGUAUCUUCUCAGGGGGCUAUGAAGGAACUCCAUGACGGCGCGCAGUGUUACAUGAUCUUCACACAUCUGGAGGUGGAGGGUGGAGAGAUGAAGUUAGUAAUACCAAUUGUGCAGGAUUUUGAGGAUGUGUUCCCAGAGGAAGUGCCGGGUUACCUCCUCGCAGAGAGGUAG